CCCCGUCCCAGACCCCCGCCCGGGGCUAGGGCACACACGACAGCACCGCACCACGCUGAGCGCCCGGUGUGCGAGGAGGAAUCGGCCGGCGCGGGACAGGGGCGAGGUGGCUCCAAACCGCUGCCUCUGCUGCAGUUCAGCACAACUUCGGGAGUGUCCCAGCUGAGAACUCCCCGAGCCCAAGGGAAGCAGAUCUCCAGGACAUCGUUCCUGUCCCCCUGGCCCAGUUGCCACAACAAACAGCAGACAAGACGGUGACCAUGGGGGAUGUGAAGCUGGUCGCCUCAUCGCAUGUUUCCAAAAUGUCCCUCAGUGUGGACCCCUCGAGAGUCGGCUCCGUGCCUCUGACCGAGGCCCCUGCUUUCAUUUUGCCCCCUCGGAACCUCUGCAUCAAAGAAGGAGCCACUGCCAAGUUUGAAGGGAGGGUCCGGGGUUACCCAGAGCCCCAGGUGACAUGGCACAGAAACGGGCAGCCCAUCACCAGCGGGGGCCGCUUCCUGCUGGAUUGUGGUAUCCGGGGGGCUUUCAGCCUUGUGAUUCAUGCCGUCCAUGAGGAGGACAGGGGAAAGUAUACCUGUGAAGCCAGCAAUGGUAGUGGUGCCCGCCAGGUGACAGUGGAGUUGACUGUGGAAGGGAGUUUUAUGAAGAAGCAUGGUCAGCCUGUUGUUUCCAAAACCCUGGGGGACAGAUUUGCAGCCCCUGCAGUGGAGACCCGCCCUAGCAUCUGGGGAGAGUGCCCACCGAAGUUUGCUACCAAGUUGGGCCGAGCAGUGGUCAAAGAAGGACAGACAGGACGAUUCUCCUGCAAGAUCACUGGCCGGCCCCAACCACAGGUCACCUGGCUCAAGGGAAACAUCCCAUUGCAACCGAGUGCCCGUGUGUCUAUGUCUGAGAAGAAUGGGGUACAAGUUCUGGAAAUCCAAGAAGUCAACCAAGAUGAUGUGGGAGUGUACACGUGCCUGGUGGUGAACGGGUCAGGGAAGGCCUCCAUGUCAGCUGAGCUUUCUAUCCAAGGUUUGGACAAUGCCAGCAGGUCGUGUGUGAGAGGAGCAAAGGCCGCCAGUUCAGACAUCAGGAGGGAGGUGACCAAUGGAAUCUCAAAGGGGUCCAAACCGGACAGCCUGGAGACUGCAGCUGGAAGUAAGAACUGCUCCAGCCCCCAGAGGGCUGGCUCCCCGGCCUGGGCCACAAACAGCCAGCCUCAGCCCCUGCGGGAGUCCACCCUGGAGCAGUGUGGGAACCCGCCCAGAACGGGCCUGCAGGCCCCGGUCCUCCGGAAGACUUCCAGCACCAUCACCCUGCAGGCCGCCAGAGUCCAGCCGGAAGCGAGGGCACCAGUGCUGGGGGCCCUGUCUCCUUCCGGAGAAGAGAGGAAGAGGCCAACUGCUCCCCAUUCAGCCACCCUCCCCUCCAGGCAGUCUGGCCUGGGAAGCCAGGAAGUUGUGGGCAAGGUUGAUACCAAGAGAAUCCCUAUGGAGAGCCAGAGGGAUUUGACAUUUCCCAAAUUUGAGAGCAAGCCUCAAAGCCAGGAAGUCAGGGAAGAUCAAACAGUCAAGUUCAGAUGUGAGGUUUCAGGGAUCCCAAAGCCUGAAGUGGCCUGGUUCCUGGAAGGCACCCCCGUGAGGAGACAGAAAGGUACCAUUGAGGUUUAUGAAGAUGCCGGAUCCCACUACCUCUGCCUGCUGAGAGCCCGGGCCAGGGACAGCGGGAAAUACAGCUGCACGGCUUCCAAUAUCCAAGGCCAGGUGUCCUGUAGCUGGACCCUCCUCGUGGAAAGGCUGGCCGUGACGGAGGUGGCCCCCUCAUUCUCCAGUGUCCUGCAGGACUGUACCGUCAUCGAGGGCCAGGAUUUUGUGCUGCAGUGCUCCGUGCAGGGCACCCCAGUGCCCCGAAUCACUUGGCUGCUCAAUGGGCAGCCCAUCCAGUACGCUCGCUCCACCUGUGAGGCCGGCGUGGCGGAGCUCCAUGUCCAGGACGCCCUGCCGGAGGAUGAUGGCACCUACACCUGUCUGGCUGAGAAUGCCUUGGGGCAGGUGUCCUGCAGUGCCCGGGUCACCGUGCAUGAAAAGAAGAGUGACAGGAAGAGUGAAUACCUUCUGCCCGUGGCUCCCAGCAGGCCCGUCACACCUGUCUUCCUGCAGGGCCUCUCUGAUCUCAAAGUCAUGGAUGGAAGCCAGGUCACCAUGACGGUCCAGGUGUCAGGGAAUCCGCCCCCUGAGGUCAUCUGGCUUCACAACGGGAAUGAGAUCCAGGAGUCAGAGGACUUCCACUUUGAACAGAGAGGCACUCUGCACAGCCUUUGUAUCCAGGAGGUGUUCCCGGAGGACACAGGCACGUACACCUGCGAGGCCUGGAACAGCGCCGGAGAGGUCCGUACCCAGGCCGUGCUCACGGUGCAAGAGCCUCAUGAUGGCACCCAGCCCUGGUUCAUCAGCAAGCCUCGCUCCGUGACAGCCUCCCUGGGCCAGAGUGUCCUCAUCUCCUGCGCCAUAGCUGGUGACCCCUUUCCUACUGUGCACUGGCUCCGAGAUGGCAAAGCCCUCUCCAGAGACACUGGCCACUUCGAGGUGCUGCAGAAUGAGGACGUGUUCACCCUGGUUCUAAGGAAUGUGCAGCCCUGGCACGCUGGCCAGUAUGAGAUCCUGCUCAAGAACCGAGUUGGCGAAUGCAGCUGCCAGGUGUCACUGAUGCUACAGAGCAGCCCUGCCAGAGCCCCCCCACGGGGGAGGGAGCCUGCCAGCUGUGAGGGCCUCUGUGGUGGAGAAGCUGGUGCUGAUGGUGGCAGUGGGGACCACUAUGGGACCCUGAGGCCCAGCUGGCUGGCAAGAGGGCAGGGUUGGCCAGAGGAGGAAGACGGUGAGGACGUGCGGGGGGUGUUGAAGAGGCGCGUGGAGACCAGGCAGCACACCGAGGAGGCCAUCCGCCAGCAGGAGGUAGAGCAGCUGGACUUCCGCGACCUCCUGGGGAAGAAGGUGAGUACCAAGACCGUGUCAGAAGAAGACUUGAAGGAGAUCCCAGCUGAGCAGAUGGAUUUCCGUGCCAACCUGCAGCGGCAAGUAAAGCCAAAGACUGUGACUGAGGAAGAGAGGAAGGUACAUAGCCCCCAGCAGGUUGACUUCCGCUCUGUCCUGGCCAAGAAAGGGACUCCCAAGACCCCAGUGCCUGAGAAAGUGCCACCUCCAAAACCUGCUACCCCGGAUUUUCGCUCAGUGCUAGGCAGCAAGAAGAAAUUACCAGCAGAAAAUGGUAGCAGCAGCACUGAGGCCUUGAAUGCCAAGGCAGUGGAAAGUUCCAAGCCUGUGAUCAAUGCACAGCCGUCAGGGUCCUUGAAACCCAUGGGCAAUGCCAAGCCUGCUGAGACCCUGAAACCCAUGGGCAACACCAAGCCUGCCGAGACUCUGAAACCCGUGGGCAACACCAAGCCUGCAGAGACCCUGAAACCCGGGGGCAACACCAAGCCUGCAGAGACCCUGAAACCCAUGGGCAAUGCCAAGCCUGCCGAGAUCCUGAAACCCGUGGGCAACACCAAGCCUGCGGAGACCUUGAGACCCGUGGGCAACACCAAGCCUGCAGAGACCCUGAAACCCAUGGGCAAUGCCAAGCCUGCAGAGACCCUGAAACCUGUGGGCAACACCAAACCUGCAGAGACCCUGAAACCCAUGGGCAAUGCCAAGCCUGCAGAGACCCUGAAACCUGUGGGCAACACCAAACCUGCAGAGACCUUGAAACCUGUGGGCAAUGCCAAGCCUGCAGGGACCCUGAAAUCGGCUGGGAAAGAAGAACUCAAGGAGGUUAAGAAUGAUGUGAAUUGCAAGAGAGGGCAAGUGGGGGCCACAGAUAAUGAAAAAAGAUCCGAGAGCCAAGGGACAGCCCCAACCUUCAAGGCGAAGUUACAAGAUGUUCGUGUGGCAGAGGGUGAGAAGCUGCUACUCCAGUGCCAGGUGUCCUCUGACCCCCCGGCCACCAUCACCUGGACGCUGAAUGGAAAGACCCUCAAGACCACCAAGUUCAUCAUCCUCUCCCAAGAAGGCUCACUGUGCUCCGUCUCUAUUGAGAAGGCGCUGCCCGAGGACAGAGGCUUAUACAAGUGUGUGGCCAAGAAUGGCGCCGGCCAGGCUGAGUGCUCCUGCCAAGUCACUGUGGACGAUGCUCCGGCCAGUGAGAACACCAGGGCCCCGGAGAUGAAAACCCGGAGGCCCAAGAGCUCUCUUCCCCCCGUGCUAGGAACAGAGAGUGACGCAACUGUGAAAAAGAAACCUGCCCCCAAGACACCUCCGAAGGCAGCAAUGCCCCCUCAGAUCAUCCAGUUUCCCGAGGACCAGAAGGUGCGCGCGGGAGAGUCAGUGGAGCUGUUUGGUAAAGUGACAGGCACCCAGCCCAUCACCUGUACCUGGAUGAAGUUCCGAAAGCAGAUCCAGGAGAGUGACCUCAUCAAGGUGGAGAACAGUGAGAAUGGCAGCAAGCUCACCAUCCUGGCUGCGCGCCAGGAGCACUGCGGCUGCUACACGCUGCUGGUGGAGAACAAGCUGGGCAGCAGGCAGGCCCAGGUCAACCUCACCGUCGUGGAUAAGCCAGACCCCCCAGCUGGCACACCUUGUGCCUCUGAUAUUCGGAGCUCCUCGCUGACCCUGUCCUGGUACGGCUCCUCGUAUGACGGGGGCAGCGCCGUGCAGUCCUACAGCAUCGAGAUCUGGGACUCGGCCGACAAGACGUGGAAGGAGCUAGCCACGUGCCGCAGCACCUCUUUCAACGUGCAGGACCUGCUGCCCGACCAUGAGUAUAAAUUCCGUGUGCGUGCAAUCAACGUGUAUGGAACCAGUGAGCCAAGCCAGGAGUCCGAACUCACAGUGGUGGGAGAGAAACCUGAAGAGCCAAAGGAUGAAGUGGAGGUGUCAGAUGACGACGAGAAGGAGCCCGAGGUCGAUUACCGGACGGUGACAGUUAAUACGGAACAAAAAGUAUCUGACUUCUAUGACAUCGAAGAGCGACUAGGAUCUGGGAAAUUUGGACAGGUCUUUCGACUUGUAGAAAAGAAAACUAGAAAAAUCUGGGCAGGGAAAUUCUUCAAGGCGUAUUCGGCAAAAGAGAAAGAGAACAUCCGGCAGGAGAUCAGCAUCAUGAACUGCCUCCACCACCCCAAGCUGGUGCAGUGUGUGGAUGCCUUCGAGGAAAAGGCCAACAUCGUCAUGGUCCUGGAGAUCGUGUCAGGGGGUGAGCUGUUUGAGCGCAUCAUUGACGAGGACUUCGAGCUGACGGAGCGCGAGUGCAUCAAGUACAUGAGGCAGAUCUCGGAGGGGGUGGAGUACAUCCACAAGCAGGGCAUCGUCCACCUAGACCUCAAGCCCGAGAACAUCAUGUGCGUCAACAAGACGGGCACCAGAAUCAAGCUCAUCGACUUCGGUCUGGCCAGACGGCUGGAGAAUGCGGGCUCUCUGAAGGUCCUCUUUGGCACCCCGGAGUUUGUGGCUCCUGAAGUGAUCAACUACGAGCCCAUCGGCUACGCCACGGACAUGUGGAGCAUCGGGGUCAUCUGCUACAUCCUGGUCAGUGGCCUUUCCCCCUUCAUGGGUGACAACGAUAACGAAACCUUAGCCAAUGUUACCUCAGCCACCUGGGACUUCGACGACGAGGCGUUUGAUGAGAUCUCUGAUGAUGCCAAGGAUUUUAUCAGCAAUUUACUGAAGAAAGAUAUGAAAAACCGCCUGGACUGCACCCAGUGCCUCCAGCACCCCUGGCUAAUGAAAGACACCAAGAACAUGGAGGCCAAGAAGCUCUCCAAGGACCGGAUGAAGAAGUACAUGGCCAGGAGGAAAUGGCAGAAAACGGGCAAUGCUGUGAGAGCCAUUGGAAGACUGUCCUCUAUGGCAAUGAUCUCAGGGCUCAGCGGCAGGAAGUCCUCAACAGGGUCCCCAACCAGCCCGCUCAAUGCAGAAAAACUAGAAUCGGAAGAAGAUGUGUCCCAAGCUUUCCUUGAGGCUGUUGCUGAGGAAAAGCCCCAUGUGAAACCCUAUUUCUCUAAGACCAUUCGUGAUUUAGAAGUUGUGGAGGGAAGUGCUGCUAGAUUUGACUGCAAGAUUGAAGGAUACCCAGACCCUGAGGUCGUCUGGUUCAAAGAUGACCAGUCAAUCAGGGAGUCCCGCCACUUCCAGAUAGACUACGAUGAGGAUGGGAACUGCUCUUUAAUUAUUAGCGAUGUUUGCGGGGAUGAUGAUGCCAAGUACACCUGCAAGGCUGUCAACAGUCUUGGAGAAGCCACCUGUACAGCAGAGCUCAUUGUGGAAACCAUGGAGGAAGGAGAAGGGGAAGGGGAAGAGGAAGAAGAGGAAGAGUGAACAAAGCCAAAGAGAAGCAUUAUAAGUCAUAUUAAAAGGACUAUUUCUCUAAACUCAAAAAACUCAAGGUAGUAAAAGCACCCAGUGUGAUAGAUUACCUAGUUAGGUCAUUUGGGGGUUGAUUCUGCAGCAACAGCAGUUCUUGAUGGGCAUUAAUUUGAAUUAGCUGGCACCUUAAGAUACUUAGUGCAGCUAGAUUUCAUUUAAGGGAAAUCACCAGUAACUUGCCUGACCAAUUGAUUUUAGAGAGAAAGUAAACAAAAGAAAAAUUUAUCUGGGCAAAGUCAUAUAUUCCCCAACUGAAUGCACUAAUGAAAAAUAAGGCCAAAACAAGGGCUCUGGCCCUGCUGCCACAGCUCAGCCCAGAGAGUCCCUAGCGAUGGAAAGCCUCUCUCUCCCAGCUCCUGACUCCAGAAAACCGGGUCUUCUCCAGUAUUGCUGUACUUCAUUCUGAAAGCAGUUGAGCCAUUCUAAUUUAUGAGGCACACGUUAUUCCAAAGUACGCUGCAGACGUUCAAACUUUCCAUUUGUCUCCCCAUUCCAUCAGCCAGUUUUUCUGGAUCUGAACUUGUUAUGACCUUAAGCACUAAGAACAUUCUACUUCUUACAUUCUGAAGACAGGUCCCCUGCUCAUGAAGGACUUUGGCUUCCUUAGGAAAAUAAAGUCUUCAUUCUUCUAAAAUCAGUGGGAUAUCUAAACUUGUCCCCUUUGCAAAUGUCUAGCAGCUUCAGAUAUUUGGUUAAGAACCCAUGGAAACAAAAUCCUUGCUAAUGUUGCUUUUCUUCUUAAACCAGGUUUCGUAUUUGUGUUCUUAUAGAACAUCAGCUCUGCAUGUGUGGUAAAGAUCUUUGUGUUUGAAUGUAGGAAAAACCAGUUUGCUGAAAAGUUAGUCUUAAUUAUUUACUGGCCACUAUAAAAUGGAUUUCAACUGAAAAGCUGUAGAAUGCCACAUACUUUGGAAUUUCCUUCGAGAUAGUCUGAGUUUAAUAUAUCUUCAUUCUCAACACUCUCCAAAGAACUUGACCUACCUUAUGGGUUCCACGAUAUUUUUCUUCUUGAAUGUGCAUCAAUCGAGCCUUGCCCCCAACCUUGAGAUAUAUUCUUAGACCUGAUAAAUGCACUCAGACUUGCAUCUUUAGGGAUUUUUAACUUUCUUUCACUACAUUGGCACUUAAAUUUUUUCUUUAUAAAACUUUUUGAAGCUCAUAAACAAAGAUCAUAAUUGAUAUACCUAAUACAUUUCCUGUGUGUGUGUGUGUAACAUUCCAAAUACUUUUUUUCUUUUCCACUGUUUGUAAAGUGAAGCAAUUUAAUAUUUCAAGGGACUUUUUAAUAGUUCCUUAAGAACCAAUUUUAAAUUACUUCAGUGCAAUUCUACACAGUAUCAACAUUAGAAUUUUUAUCUUAGUCUCAUGUUAUCUUUGAUUCUGUUUUUAUCUGCUUUUUGCUGCUAGUUUCAAAUUGCCAGUAUUUUCCUUUUUGCUUUUUAAACAGUUACAAUAUUUUUCAUAAUAGCCACAGUAUUGCCACAGUUUGUUAUAAUAAAGGGUUUUUAUUUGAUUUAGAGUAGUCAAAGCUUUUUUCCCAACACUUUUGUGUUUAGACUAUAAUCCUUGUGUGUAUGUUGUGUGUGUGUGUGGUAUAUAUGUGUGUUUACAGGCUAAUGCCUUCUUGAAAUUGUGUUAAUGUUCUCUCAGUUUAUUAUACCAUCAGAAUGGUAAAUGAGAACACUACAACUGUAGUUAGCUCACAAUUUUUAAAUAAAGGAUACCACAGUGCAUGCUGUUUGUUCAA